AUUUUCUAUACCCCUUUAAAUGGGCGGAGUCACAUAAUGCUCAAUAUCUACAUUUAAAAUUGCGGGCGGAGUCUAAAAGUGGAUAUGAACUCUCAAUUAGCUCCGCCCACUUUGAGCUAUAAAAGAAUCACCUCCUCUGUCUCCUCUCAACAACUAUCUCAACAUGAACUGCAAGCUCAUCGCCAUCUUUGCCGUACUCGUCCUCUCCGUCUCGGCUCAUCUCGGAGCCCAGGCCGCCGCCGCCAACUUCAAGGCCGAGGGCCCACUAAGCCGUGCAGUCCGUGUUCCAGGUGUGGCCGUGAGGGCCUGUGGUCGUCGCCUCGUUCCGUAUGUGUGGAGUGUCUGUGGAGACGCCUGUGAACCACAAGAAGGAAUUGACAUCGCAACACAAUGCUGCACCUAUCAAUGCACUGCCGAGUAUAUACAAACUGCCUGUUGCCCACGUUUGCUUCUUUAAUUCUUCACGUCUUCCCGCCCGUCUUCCCGCUCGCAUCUGCACUUGAUCUCCCCCCCCCGCUCUUCCUCUACCUGAAAAAAUGCAUCAAAUUUUGCUCGUGAAAAAUUACAUGUCCCAGUAUCUGGAAAUUUCCUAAAAAUCUCCAAUUUUUCUCCAAAACCGUCCCUCCCUUAGCUUUUCAUGUAGUCAUUUUCUCCGGAUACCCCUGAAACAAUUUUCCUUUUUUUUUAAAUUCAUUUAAUUUAUUGAUUUCCAUGGUAUCUGGAUCCUUGUAGUAUGCUAGUAAUAAACAUUU